AUGUUGCCGACACUGCGAGCUCGAGCAGCUCGCUCUCUCUCCAGCCGUGCCGCUGGACAUGGUACACGCUCCUUGACGACGCACGUUCCCGCGUCGCUGUUGGCGCAAUCGCGGCGCAAGGUCGACCAGGCCAACGAUCGAGCGUCGGAUCAGAUGGGCGACAUCAUGGCCAAGCGAUGGCUUGGAGGCGCCGUCUCGGCGGCUGGAACCGAUACCGACAGGGUCAGUACUCGAUCCCCGCACUGGUGUUUGCCUAUGUUGAGCGGGAGCAUCAGGCGUCGGGCAAGAAAAGCUCUCUAGAACGGAGCUGCUUAUCCCCGCCCGGCCGUCAUGCGCUUGCCCGGGCGCAGGCCCAGCCAGACAGGCCGCCCUUGGCUCGAACGAGCGACUUGCUGCGUACGCGAGCUCGUCGCCGCGGCGGAACAAGGAGCUGACUACACCGAGCGAUGCGUUCUUGCUGCUGCCACAGGAAACGAUCGUGCGCUUGUUGUACUCGCUCGCAUCCCGACGAGAGGUGUCGCGCUACCUGCAGAUCUUCUCCUCCGCGACCCAUUUCGCCGUACUCAAGGUCGGCGGAGCCAUCCUCACCCACGACCUCGAGUCCUUGACGCUGUCCCUCAACUUCCUCCACCGUGUCGGGCUUUACCCCGUUGUCGUUCAUGGUAUGGGUGACAAGCUCAACGCCAGGCUCGAGGCCGAUGGCAUCGUGCCCGACUACAUCGACGGUCAGUCUCGGCGCUUCCGCUUCGUCCUGGCUGGUCUUAUCGCGACAGGAUAGGGGCAAUCCCAGGGACCCUCAAAUUGUGUGCAUAUAGACUGAUGCUGGUGAAACAAACCGCUUUUUUUAUUAUUACUCUCUCAUCGACCAGGCAUUCGAAUUACCGACGCUCGCACCCUGUCCCACGCCCGCCGUGUCUUCCUGUCCGAGAACUUGAAGCUCGUCUCGGCGCUCGAAUCGCUCGGCACUCGCGCACGACCCAUCACCACCGGUGUAUUCACCGCCGACUACCUGGACCAACCUCGCUACGGCUUUGUCGGUCGCAUCACCUCGGUCGAUAAGGAACCCAUUGAGGCCUCGAUCCGAGCUGGCGCCCUCCCCAUUCUCACCUCGCUCGCCGAGACGCCCGAGGGUCAAAUCCUUAACGUCAACGCCGAUGUCGCUACGGCCGAACUGGCCAAGGUCUUGGAGCCGCUCAAAAUCGUCUACCUCAGUGAAAAGGGUGGCCUCUUCCAUGGUGUAACCAAGGAGAAGAUCUCGGCCAUCAACUUGGAUGAGGUACGAUCAGCGCCAGGCCACGGCUUGGGGCUCGCGAUUUUGCUGUGCUGACCAGUUACCUUCUUGAUGCUCGAUCAGGAGUACGACGCGCUGAUGAAGGAAUCGUGGGUAAAAUACGGCACCAAGCUCAAGCUACGCGAGAUCAAGGAGUUGCUCGAUCAUCUCCCUCGCUCGUCUUCGGUCGCCAUCAUCUCGCCCGACGCCCUGCAAAAGGAGCUGUUUACGGACUCGGGUGCCGGUACGCUCUUGCGCCGCGGAUACAAGUUGUACAAGCACGACAACAUCGAGGCCGUCGGCCACGAUCGCUUGCGUCAGGUUCUCUCGGAGCGUGACGAGGAGGUGACUUCCGGACGAAAGUCCGUCGCCGAGGUCCUCAGUGGCCUGCAAAAGACGCCGUACACGAUCUACGGCGAUGAGCCGUUUGAAUGCGUCGCCAUCGUCUCCCACCCCGCUGGCGAGGUCCCCGUGUUGACCAAGUUCCUCCCCUCGGCCAACGGCGUGCAAAACGCCGUCAACGACAACGUCUUUGACUCGAUCAAGAAGGACUUUAAGAAGCUCUUCUGGACUGCUCCCGCCGAUGACGAGAACAAGACGUGGCACUUUGAGCGAGCCGACGGGUCCUUCACCCGCAACGGUCGAUCGCUGUUCUACUACGGUGUUCAGGAUGCAAGCGAGGUUGAGAAGAUCGUCAAGGAAUUUGAGAAGAAUGGCCGAAUCGAGCGAGCUUACCUGCCCAUCUCUUACGCCUCGAGUAAGGGCACAGUCGCUUCGUCGGGCAAGAUCGCCUCCGCCUUUCGAUCGUACUCAACAUCGGCUCGCGGGCCGGCCGUAACGACCCCGGCCGCUCACCUCGCUCGCCGUGCCUUCUCCUCCUCUUCCCCUUCUUCGGCAUCGGCCAAGCGUAUCGGUUUGAUUGGUGCCCGGGGCUACACCGGCUCGAACCUCGUCGAUCUCAUCAACUCGCACCCGUCCCUGGAGCUCGCCCACGUGUCCUCGCGCGAGCUUGCUGGCCAAGGCUUGGACGGCUACACGAAGUCCAAAGUGACAUACGAGAACCUGUCGACCAAGGACCUCGAGCGAAUCGAGUCGCAGGGCUCGGUCGAUGCUUGGAUCAUGGCGUUGCCGAAUGGCGUUUGCCAACCUUUUGUCGAGGCGAUCGACGGCGUCAAGGGCGGCAAGUCGGCUAUAAUCGACCUGGGUGCCGACAUGAGGUUCAACAAAGAGUGGACGUAUGGCUUGCCGGGUGAGCUAUAAGCGUUCUUUCUUCCUCGACUCGCCGUUCCCUUUCUCUUGUGCCUCUGGGGUUGUGUUGUAACGUGCCAGCAUCCAUCAAAUCGUCUCUCCGUGUCCCUCGAUCCACCACCAACAAAGCAUCCCUUAUUACAUAACUCCUCCUCCUCUUCUUCUUCUUCUCUGCCUCCGAAGGACAGAUCGUAGAAACUUGCAACGCCGGAGCUUCCCAUCUUGUUCACGAGUCGGGAAACCCCGAUCUUGCUGCGAUUCAUCCUCGGACGGCACGAGAAGUCUGAAGUCCUCUCGACGCCACCUCGCCCGCCACUUUGACGCCAUUAACGUCCUGCUUCGCGAAGUGAACACUAACCUGUCUCUUGCCCCCUUUCACAGAACUCUACAACCGUGAACAGCUCUUGAGCUCGAAGCGCAUCUCCAACCCGGGCUGCUUCGCCACCAACACCCAACUCUUACUCGCCCCCUUGAUCCCUCAUCUCUCGACAACUUGUUCUCCCACGAUCUCCGCCAUCUCAGGUUAUUCAGGCGCAGGUACGAAAUCCGGGAGGGAGCCCAAAGUGUCCGCCGAGUCCCUCCGAGGCGGUAUCCGACCUUACGCCCUGACGGACCACAUCCACGAGCGCGAAGCCGGCUUCCACCUCUCGAACCUCUUCCUCGACGGUCCCUCUCCCUCCUUCAAAGUCAACUUCAUCCCCCACGUCGCCCCUUGGUUCCAAGGCAUCAUAUCGACCGUUUCCGCACCUUUGAACAAGAGCAUGAGGGCGGCCGAGGUCAAGGCUUUGUACGAAGAGAGGUAUAGGGGGGAGAAGUUGGUCAAGUUCCAGGAUGGGGUACCGGAGAUUGCGGAUAUCGAGAAGAAGCAUGGGGUCAAGAUUGGGGGUGUGCAGGUUCAUUCGAGUGGGGAGAGGGUCGUCGUUGUCGUGAGUUUUCCGAACGCUGAGACUUCAAGUUGAAACUUCAUCGUUGAUUCUUUUUUGGGGGGUUCGGUGCAUGCGAUCAGGGCGUUUUGGACAAUUUGUUGAAGGGUGCGGCAACGCAGUGCAUUCAGAACCUUAACCUUGCCCUCGGCCUCGAGGUGAGUCGUGCUUUUUUUUCGUCGUCCUCUCCCAGGAGAUUGCUUACUAAUCCGAUCAAGCACGUUCCCCACACGGCACAGGAGUAUGAGGGCAUCCCUUUGGACUUCUAG